GAUGCGAUAUCGGUGUGUGCAAAUAGGUUUUCACUGUUUACUGUUGUUAAUUAUAUGUUGUUGGGUGUAAUAUAUUGAGAAGUUUUAUUGCUAAUUAAUAGUUGUCAUUAGAAAUAUUAUUAGUUGUUGAAGUUGUUAAGAUUCGUGUUAAGAACUAUUACAAAGCAAGUUUUGGUUUUUACAAGUUAAGGCUACAUGCAUACAUGGCGGGCGGCGCUUGGCGUCGCAGUGCGGCCCGCGCUCGCACGCUCCGGAACCUAUUGCGCGACACGACACGCGCCUUACAAGAGAUACAGGAUGUGUUAACCGUCGACCCAGAAGUGGAACGCACGAUUCAAGACAUCACUUCUCAGUCUUCGCGGCCAACAGCGCUGGUGGUGAUGGGUUGUUCUCCCAGUGCUAGGGCCAGGUUAUUGAACUGUUUGUUGGGUAGAAGGCUCCUACCUGAAAAUCUCCCCCGAGGGUCCAAAUGGUUACACAUACAAUACGGGGCUACCACUCAAGCGCACUUGACCGUUGGUAACUCUGAAUUCGAGCUUGUUGAGGUCUUGGAGUGCAAUCAGGGACCAUGGGAUACUUUACCUGUACAGGACAUCGCUCGCCAAGAUCACACAGACUUAGGGACGAUGCUUGAAGUGGAGAUAAACAAUUCAUUCCUAAAAGAUGGCCUCAAAAUCAUCGUCCCACCAGACGUCAUGGACCCGGGGAUGUCUGAUUACGCGACUUUGAAACAUUUAAACGCAGAUUUAUACCAGAGGAGAGAAACAAUACUGAAGUCGUACAGUCCCGUGUACUUGUACGCGCUGGACAAAUUCGGUACAAACAUAUUCAAUGAUAACAUCUGCAACAAGAUGGACUCUUCGAGGAAUGAAGACGACUUCUGGUCGACCUUCAACCUUUAUUACAUGUUGAACAAUGAAAAGGUCGAGAAGAAGGUGGAAAUGUCAGAAGAUCUUUGGAAGGAAGCUGCCGAUUCUGUCUUCAGUGCUGAGAACUGCCUUGAUCUCCAUCAAAUCAAGGACAUAGACAGCAGUUCUCAAGUCUUCUUCGUUCUCUUCUCGGACAGCAGAGCAGAAGAGAAGCUAAGAGAUCCCCAAAGUGAUGCGACGGAAUCGACUGAGUCCGUUUACAAUAGCGAGGAGUUACCAGAAUCUGAUCAACUGAUGAAAGUCGUUGGCCGGGAGUGUUCCAUCCGUCGUCUGCACGAGGAACACGCCGCCUUCAUGAACGAUCUCCUCGACCAGUGGGAACUCAUCACCAGUCCGCCAAAGAAACACCACGUGAAAAGCCAAUGGACCAUCCUGAACGACAAAGAGUUGUUCAGGACCGUGGACAAAGAAGACAAUAAGAGGAAGAAAGACGACAACGAUGUAACCGUAAAGAAUAGAAGUAGCUUACUUAACUUGAUCCUCAAGUUCGCGACGGAGACUUCACAGACCUACUUGUUGGAUCAAUGCACUCGGCUGAGUGAGCUGCACGUGAAGUUACUCCAGCAGUUCAUCCUGGCGUCGUUCGACCUGGCUCGUGAGUUGCAGGUGGUGCCUCGCAAGAUACAGUACGUGGCCCAGCAGGAACAACAGCUGUACGAGACUAUAAAUGAUAAAUUCUCACAGGGCGAUAAAAAACGAGAGCUGGUUCAGAUGAUGCAGGAAGUGUUGGACGAAAUACAGACAGACAUCAACGACAUGGACUGGAGCGUGGACGACCUUCCCUGUCACCAGGACAAGCGCUUCACUCUAUCCAGUUCAAUUUUUCAUUCAACCAGAAGCAAGUCUCUAUCAAUAAGGUUAACAGAAGUAGCGAAGCCAUCAGACCUCAUGGUGCCAGAUGUUCCAGAAGUAUCUUCGGAUGUCGAAGAGGCCGUGUCCUAUGAUAGUUAUAAUUUCGAUGACUUCGAAAUCAUACACUCCAAUGAAGAGAAUCCCAGUAGCGAGUGGAGUCGGAUGUCACCGUCAAGUUGUACGUCAUCGUGUGCUCGUGUGUCCACUAAACAAGCAGCGUUGGACGUACAACAUACUGUUCUUUCAAGACUGAGUCAAAAAAUAAGUUUGAAGCUAGUGAAAUUUGUUGACUGCUUGAAGGUUAGCUACUUCGGUACUUUACAGAGAUGUCUCGAGUCACUAGAGAGUUCGUGUCGCAGUGAGCUGGGAGGUCGUCCAGCGAGCGAAGCAAUGCUGCAGCUUCUGUCCGUAGCUCGUGACGUAGACCUCGGGCCCUGCGCCUCCGUUUCAGCCCUCAGAGACCUGCUAGACUCACUGAGGAGAUUGUUUAGUCGUCUCCGUCUGUCGGCCGCUCCCGAGGCGGAGUGCUGCGCUCUGAGCGCUGCCUGGAGACGACGUGCUGCCUCCAGGGCGGCGCGGAGACUAGACACGCACACACUGGCACGGAUCAUAUCGGAACAGAUAUUAGAGAGACUGAGCGUAGCCCACGAGCGGUACCAGUCAGCGCUGAAUUCGCUGGAGACAGCGCUGGCAAGUCGCUUGCAUCACACCGAGGACGUCAAACUUGCUAUACGAAAGAAGUUCGCUCCAUCGUUCGCUCGCUUGUGUCUGGAGAGCACGUCGAUGUGCGACCUGCUGAUGUAUGGGAUGCCGGAGCUGGGCAGAGAGAUCGGUCGCGGUCAAUACGGCGUAGUGUACUCCGUGAGAGGGUCCUGGGCGGGUCACAGUCCGGCCGCCGUGAAGUCGGUUCUCCCGGCCGACACGAGGCACUACCGAGAACUCGCUAUGGAGUUCUUCUAUACCAGGUCUAUACCAGCACAUCCGCGUAUUGUUCGUCUGCUCGGGUCGUUGGUUCAGCGCGGGACUUCCCCGUGUGUGUUGCUCGUCUCUCAAAGGUUCACCAGAGAUCUCCACGCCGCGGUCAGACACGGCCUGCCGUUUGAUACCAGGAUGAGGAUAGCCUGUGAUAUCGUUGAAGGGAUCCGUUACCUACACUCGCUAGGUUUAGUUCACCGGGACGUUAAACUGAAGAACGUUCUGUUAGACUCGUGUUGCCGCGCGGCGUUGUCCGAUCUAGGUUUCUGUACAGCGGGCGCGUUGUUAUCGGGCUCUGUGGUUGGAACCCCAGUACACAUGGCGCCUGAACUAUUGGCUGGGAACUACCACUCGGGAGUCGAUGUUUACGCUUUUGGUGUGUUGUUUUGGUAUCUUUGCGCUGGCAACAUUAAACUACCCUCCGCAUUUGAGGCUUUUCAAAAUAAAGAACAAUUGUGGAGCAAAGUAAAGAGAGGUCUCCGGCCGGAGCGCCUGCCUUACUUCUCGGACGCGUGCUGGGAUCUGAUGCAGGCCUGCUGGGCCUCCGAGCCGGAACAACGCGCGCUGUUAGGAGACGUACAGCCGCGGCUCGAGAGGAUAUUGGAAGAAGCGAGGGAGAGGGGCGAGGGGGAGGAGAGGGAUAAAGACGGGGGGAAGAGAUACGACGAGGAGGAGGACAGUCUUGAUAUGACAGGGUUGGAACAAUUUAGGUAUUGAGAAGCCAGGGCAAAGAAAAAGAGAGCGUAUAAAAGUCCAAUGAACCUAUAUAUUUUUGUAAACAAACUAUCCCCCUAUUUUGUUAAUCACAUCAUUUUAUCAUCCCCGUGAUAUUCAAUUCACGUAUUCAUAAUGUUUUGUUAGAAAUAAUGAUGAUUUUUCUAAUAAUUUUGUUUGUUUAGUUGAUCUUAAUAGUGUGUGUGUCUUAAUCUACGCUUUGAGUUACCUCUUUUUAUAACCGAGAUAGGAUGAACCAGUAGCUGAUGAAUAAUUUCCCGAGCGUCAAUCUUUAAUAGAUCUGUUUUCUUUGGGAAAGAUUUUUAAUGUAUUUCUAUGGAAUGGAUGUCCAGCAUGAAGAUGAGUGCUUUAGAACUGUGAGUGCCUUAACAGAGUGUGAAUGUGAAUUAUGAUAUAUUCACAGUAAAUGAUUAAUUUCCUAAUAAUUGCUAAUAAAAUUUUAUGAGAUAAAGUUUUUGUUUUUUAUAUCGCGUCUCUGGUGCCGGAAUUCGAUUUGAGAAUGUCAACAGCUGUCGCUAUCUGAGAAGAUUUAGAAUGUAUAUAUCUUCUUUAUUUAUUUAAGUAUUGCAUGAAGUGCCAAACUUUCCAAAAACGUUGUCGAAAUUUGUUUUGUUUUUUAAAUUAUUGUUUGUUUGUGAAAAUUUAUCUUUUUUUACGUCUUUAAUUCACUCGACAUAGCUCUAAGAGUUCUAUUAAGUUUUAAGUUUAUUUAUACCCGUUUGGAACAUAUCCUUGAAAUAUAUCGAAAUUUUUUAUCA